GAAAAUGCUUAUCAACGUUUUAUGGAAUAUAGAUCAAGUAAAGGAACUUAUUCGUUUUCGGAAAAUGUGGUACUCGGAUAUUUUCUUGAUUUGUCGAAAAAGAUGAAACCCUCAACACUUUGGGCAAAUUACUCCAUGUUGAAGGCCACUCUUAUGUUAAAGCAAAAUGUAGACAUCACUUCAUAUAACAAACUGCGAGCAUAUUUGAAAAAGCAAUCCGUGGGUUACAAAGCAAAGAAGUCGAAAGUCUUCACCAACGAACAAAUCCGAGAAUUUAUGAUGAACGCUCCAGAUGAUACUUACCUCAUGGCUAAAGUUGUGGUAAUUUUCGGAAUUUAUGGCGCCUGUCGGCGAGAGGAGUUAUGUAACAUAAAGCUUACGGACAUUGAGGAUUUGGGUUCACAACUACUGGUGAAGAUUCCAUGCAACAAAACCAAUAAACCACGGUCGUUUAUAGUAAACGACACUUAUUUAGAAACAUACCGUAAAUAUGCAGCCGUUCGACCAUCCAAUUUUCACUGCAAUAGGUUUUUCUUCAAAUACCAUAAUGGUAAAGGAUUUAAGCAAGUAGUGGGGGUGCAUACAUUUGCCAGCAUUCCACAAAUCGUUGCUAACUUUUUGAAACUGUCCGAUGCAAACCUUUACACGGGACAUUGUUUUCGAAGGACAUCUGCGACAAUUUUGGUAGAUAAUGGUGCAGAUUUGACUGUUUUAAAACGUCACGGCGGUUGGAAAUCGUCGAAUGUGGCGGAAGGAUAUAUAGAAGAAUCCUUAAAAAAUAAAAUGGAUGUGGCAGAGAGAAUAGUUACUUCAAUUUCUGGCGCACAUAUUCAGUGUAAGGGUGCAAGCAAUGUUGGCGUCUCUACUAGCACCAUCUCCAAAACAAAUACGGAGUCCACUUCUUCAAUUAAUUAUGAAGUAGAGUCGACAUUGACUGGACUACCAAAUUUGAUUGGAUCUUGCAAUAAUUUAUAUCUCGAACAAGUGCCUCAAAGACGUCACUCGCGCCUCCUCCCCCGCGCUCCGUCAGCCGGCGGUCGAACCCCGCUUGACGACACUUCAGAAGCGCCCUCGAACUACAAGGCCAGCGCAAAAAAAACCACAACUCGAUACGUCCCCCGUUCACCGCUGCAGCCUCUCAACGUACACUCCAUGCCACGGAGGAGGCGUUGGAUGCGUCUCGAUGCCCAUUCCAUUUUCGCCACCUCCGAUUCGCCGUAA